UCCUGGGACCAGAGGACAGCUGCAGCCACCGGGCUCCCGCCAGUGUGGGCAGGGCUGGCCCAGGAUGGGGACCCCCAGGGCCCUGGGGGUCUGGCUUCUCCUGCUCCUUCUGCUCUUGGCCUCAGGUGAGGAAAAUUUCACAAGCACCCCUGCAUCAAGAAGCCCCCACUCCGAGGACUCAAGGAACGUCUGCCUGGGGCUCAUCAAUAAGGACCAUUACGAAACCUUCUAUCUCGAGAACACUGCCAAGUGCUUCACAAAGUGUGAGCGGUCGAGCAAUGAAUCCUGUGAUCUGGGAAAUCUGCAGAGAUACUGGCUGGACUACGAGAACUACCUGGUGGAAGGGAGCCAGGAGAAGGCCAUGAACUUGUCUUUUCUGAAGGCUUUGGUUAAGAACGUCAGCACCAACAUCUCAGACGACCUGCACUUCUCUCUGACCCCCUCUCAGAUUCCAGGGCAGGUCCCAGAGGACAAGCACAAGUUCCCUGACAGAGUCCGGCUGCCCAGGAGCCUGUUCGCGUCCCUGCAGGGCAGCAGGUCGGAGGUCCGCUUGGCUGUGUCUGUCCUGGACAUCGGUGCGGGGAAUCUCUUCAAGGGCCCCAGGCUCAGCCUGGAGAAUGAUGGCAGUGUGUUGAACAACCGCCUGGUGGGCCUGAGAGUGGGCCGCACGCGUGUUACCGGGCUCGUGGAGCCUCUGGAGAUCACCUUCUCCCACCAGCGGCUGCCUCCCAACAUGACCCUCACCUGCGUAUUCUGGGAUGUGACUAAAGGGUCAACGGGAGACUGGUCUUCCGAAGGCUGCUCCACAGAGUUCAGCACGGAGAGGACUGUCUGCCGCUGUGACCACCUGACCUUCUUUGCCCUGCUGCUGAGGCCAGUCUUGGACGAGGUCACGGUGCAGGCCCUCACAAAAAUUUCCCAGGCUGGCUGCGGAGCCUCCAUGGUUUUCCUGGCCUUCACCAUCAUCUUUGCUGUCCUGAGGUUCUCCCUGAAGAGGUUCGAGUCAGAAGAUGCUCUCAAGAUCCAUGUGGCGCUCAGCGUCAGCUUGUUCCUCCUGAACCUAACCUUCUUCAUCAAUCUGGAGCAUGACCCGAAGUUGUCCCCUGUCGCCUGCUGGACCCGGGGGGCCAUCUUCCACUACUUCCUGCUCUGUGUCUUCACCUGGAUGGGCCUGGAAGCCUUCCACCUCUACCUGCUCAUCAUCAGGGUCUUUAACACCUAUUUCGGGCACUACUUCCUAAAGCUGAGCCUGGUGGGCUGGGGCCUGCCAGCCCUAAUGGUCAUCGGCACUGGGGGUGCCAACAGCUAUGGCCUGUACACCAUCCGAGACCAGGAGCGCAGGAUCACACUGGAGCUGUGCUGGUUCAGUAACAAAACUGCCCUCUACAUCACCGUCCAUGGCUACUUCCUCGUCACCUACCUUCUCAACACCGUGGUCCUGGGCCUGGUGGCCUGGAAGAUCUUCACUCUGCCCAGUGCCACGGCGGGCAAGGAGAAGCGGCAGAAAUGGAAGGGGGUCCUCACCUUGCUGGGCCUCUCAAGCCUGGUGGGCAUGACAUGGGGGCUGGCCAUCCUCACGCCCCUGGGCCUGUCCACCAUCUAUGUCUUCGCACUGUUCAACUCCUUCCAAGGCGUCUUCAUCUUCUGCUGGAUCAUCGUGCUCUACUUCCCAAGGCCGAGUACCGGGCCGUCUUCCGGCACCGCCCAAGCUGAGCAGACCCGCACCGUGUCGCAGGAAUAGGGGCCGCCCUGUGCUCUGGACUCAGCUCCAACCCCCUCUGUGACCUUGGACAGCUCCCUGCCUCCCUCUGGUCUCAGUUUCUACAUCGUACAAAGUGGAGGGGGCAGGGGAUGAGGACCAGGUAGGACCACCUGACCUCGAAGGUCACAUCCAGAUUCAUCUUGGGUCUGAAAGUCCACAAAUCCAGGACUGCAGGCAUCUGAAGUUCCUUCAGUCCUGGGACCCGGCCAGCACAGAGUGAUACCCUCACCCCUUCCACUCUGUCCCCACCCCUCCUCUUCCUGGCAAAGCAGCCUAUCCCUGCCAUCGCCCGCCUUCUGGCCUCAGUCAGGGCCUGAGCCCAACUAGAGACACUCGUUGUUGGCCCAGCCCCUCAAAGGAGCCCAGCCUCUCCCUCCAGCCCUCUCGCCCUCUUGUCACUGUCACUGCCUUCCCACCUUCCCCUCCCUCCCACUGCCUCUAGUGAGGCUCGUCCCCUCGGCCACUGGGGUGGUUGUGAACUGGAGGUUUGUUUUGAAGGGUUGGUCCUCCCAGCUUGCCUGCCCCCGAGCUCAGCCUGUCUCCCCACUUCGGGAGCUGCCAGCCCUCCAGGUCUCCUGGACGCUGAAUUUCAGAGAACGCCACUUAGUGGGUGGGAUACCUCCUCUUCCCAUUCCGGACUGCCUUGUGGGUGGCUUGACCUCUGGUCUGUUGUCACGGUGGG